AUGGGUUCAGUCGCGGAUUCUCCGCGAAAAGGUGGCUUUGGGCUUGUUUUGCAGAACCCUUAUCUUUGUGGUGUUGCUACAUUUUCUACCCUCGGAGGACUGCUCUUCGGAUAUGACCAGGGCGUCAUCAGCGGUGUGAUCACCAUGGAAUCCUUCGGGGCUCGCUUCCCACAUGUCUUCAUGGAUAGCGGUACCAAAGGCUGGUUUGUGUCGACGCUUUUGCUUGCUGCCUGGUUUGGAUCUUUGGCCAAUGGUCCUAUUGCUGAUCGCAUUGGACGGAAAUUUUCGAUCAACCUCGCGGUGGUUAUAUUUGUUAUUGGAUCAGCAAUCCAGUGCUCCGCUAUGGAUAUCCCCAUGUUGUUUGUUGGAAGAGCAAUUGCUGGUCUGGGCAUUGGCAUGCUGACCAUGGUUGUGCCGCUCUACAUCUCAGAGGUUUCCAUUCCUGAGAUUCGUGGUGGCCUGGUCGUGGUCCAGCAACGUAAGUCUCAUCCAGGCCAGCUCUAUGCAUUUAUUAAUAAUUUCUCAGUAUCCAUCACCAUCGGCAUCCUUAUCAGCUAUUGGAUCGACUACGGAACAAAUUAUAUAGGCGGCUCCCGCUGUGCCCCCAACAUCCCCUACACCGGCGGGACACCCUCGGCACGCACAUUCAAUGCCUACCAAGAUGUCCCACCGGGAGGCUGCACCGGCCAAUCUGAAGCCUCCUGGCGUCUUCCCUUGGCUAUCCAAAUUGUCCCAGCCAUCAUCUUGGGAGUUGGCAUGCUGUUCUUCCCAGAUACGCCUCGUUGGCUCCUGAUGAAGGAGCGCGAUGAUGAGUCGCUGAAUGCGCUCUCGAAGCUUCGGCGGCAGUCUCGCGAUAGUCCGCUGGUUUUGAACGAGUAUCUGGAGAUCAAGGCGUCUAUAAUGCUGGAGAAUACGUUUGCUAAAGACCAUUUCCCUAAUAUGUCUGGCUUCAGGCUGCAUCUUGCGCAGUACAUGACCUUCUUAACGACAUGGUCACGUUUCAAGAGGCUGGCUAUUGGCUGCUGCGUGAUGUUCUUCCAGCAAUUCAUGGGUUGCAAUGCUAUGAUUUACUACGCCCCUACAAUCUUCGGCCAACUUGGCCUGGAUGGCAACACCACAUCCCUCCUGGCAACAGGAGUUUACGGCGUCGUCAACUGCCUCAGCACCCUCCCAGCUCUCUUUUGGAUCGACAAAGUCGGCCGCCGACCUCUACUCAUGGCUGGCGCCACGGGCACUUGCAUCUCUCUAGUGAUCGUUGGUGGUAUUCUCGGCGGAUAUGGCUCGCAUCUGAUGGACCAUAAAUCAGCUGGAUGGGCGGGUAUUGCCUUCAUCUACAUCUACGAUAUCAAUUUCUCGUAUUCGUUCGGUGAGUAUCUUACAUUAUAUGGCCGUGAGCAGAAAGAAUUGACAAAUGUAAAAGCUCCUAUCGGUUGGGUUCUCCCGUCAGAGAUCUUCAAUCUCUCCAUUCGGUCCAAGGCUAUCUCGAUUACCACUUCAGCUACGUGGAUGUGCAACUUCGUCAUCGGCCUCGUCACACCGGAUAUGCUUGACUCCAUCACAUGGGGCACAUACAUCUUCUUCGCGGCCUUUUGUCUGCUCGCGCUUGCAUUUACAUUCUUCUGCAUCCCAGAGACGAGAGGAAAGACCCUCGAAGAUAUGGAUCUCAUAUUCGGAGAUACAGCUGCGCAUGAGGAGAAGAAACGCAUCAAGCAUAUAGAGGCUGAGUUGCGUGGGGCACCUAUCGAGGAGGACGAUUUGAAGGAGCCGUUGGAUCAGCAUAGGGAGGCUGUUUGA